AUGGUAACUAUCCCUAAAUGGACACCGUCUUCCAUUCCUGCUUCAACCACUCUUACUUCGGUGGCUACUAGUCACAGCUCCGCUUUGCACAGGUCUUUGACCUCAGCUUUAAAAGCAGCAGCUAAAGAGACAGCCCUGGACAAUUUAGCAUCGUUAUCUCAAGUAAUCAGAGGGGCACAAGCUUCGUUGACAGUAAUUGAUGCAGAAGGAAUUUUAGCCACUGCAACAGAUGAGUCUGUGAAGAGCAAGGCUACUCACGAAAUAUUUGGGGCCACUCUCAAUUUGAAAUCCCUAACUAAUGAGGAAAAUGUUUUUGGAGGAGCCGUCCAUCCUGCAGCUAAUAUCCUAUUUUUAGUUUUAUUCUCAGUAAUCUGGCUUUACAUUGUCUUAAUGUUUAUAAAAUCAAGGUACGUCUGGUUCAAUGUCACCUUUUUUUUUGGAUAUGGACUUGAAUUUACUGGUUUCUUAGGGCGGGUUUAUGCUGGGCUUGGUAACGAGACGGACAGUGGCUACUAUAAUAUGCAAAUAGUAUGUUUAACCAUUGCACCCGCGUUUAUCAUGGCAGGAAUUUAUUUUCUAUUUGCUCAAAUGGCAGUUGUAUAUGGACGACAGUAUUCUGCGUUGAAACCCAUGUGGUAUUCAUAUUUCUUUAUUGUCAGCGACGUUGUAUCGUUAUUGGCUCAAGCAGCUGGUGGUGCCCUCUCUUCAGCAGAAGCUGAAAACCAUGAAAAUACGGACAUUGGAACGUAUACUAUGAUUGGCGGUAUAGGUUUCCAAGUGUUGUCGAUGUCCAUAUUUCUCUUAUUUUGGAUUCAUUUCUUUUUCAGAGUAAACUUCAAGAAUAAUGAUAAAAGUAGUACAGGACCACUAAACAAAAGAUCAAUUUCGUCUUUCACUCGUCUCCUUUUGAAUCUUCCCUGUACUAGAGAACAUAAGAUCAAGCUAGAUAGAAAGUAUAACCCUCAAUUCAAAGAGAUAAGACAGGGAAGAUUGUUCAAUUACUUUCCACUCGCAGUGACCCUUGCGGUGAUAUUUAUUUACAUUCGUUCUAUUUAUAGAGUUGUGGAGUUGGCCCAAGGUUUUAAUGGUUACUUAAUAACUCAUGAGGCAUUUUUAAUGGUGUUUGAUGCGUUGAUGAUUGUAUUUGUAGGACUCAUAUUCUUUCCUUUCCAUCCUUACUGGGCAUUCAGUGGAAAAGUUAUUAAAGCAAAGGAUAUCCGCAAGAAACGGGACGAAGGGCCGUCUGAAAAAGCUCAAGUUUUUGAUGCUGACUCUGCGAACGCAAAAUAUGAUUUCUAA